AUGGCGGACUACCUCAUCAGCGGCGGCACCCGCUACCAGCCCGAGGAUGGGCUCACCGCACAGCAGCUCUUUGCCAGCGCUGACGACCUCACCUACAACGAUUUCCUGAUUCUCCCAGGAUUCAUAGACUUCCUAGCUGGUGAGGUGGACCUGACCUCAGCCCUGACCCGGAAGAUCACGCUGAAGACGCCACUGAUCUCCUUUCCCACGGACACUGUGAUAGAGGCCGACAUGGCCAUCGCGAUGGCUCUGAUGGGAGGUAUUGGUUUCAUUCACCACAACUGCACCCCAGAGUUCCAGGCCAACAAGGUGCAGAAGGUCAAGAAGUUUGAACAGGGCUUCAUCACAGACCCUGUGGUACUGAGCCCCUUGCACACUGUGGGUGAUGUGCUGGAGGCCAAGAUGCGGCAUGGCUUCUCUGGCAUCCCCAUUACUGAGACCGGCACCAUCGGCAGCAAGCUGGUGGGCAUCGUCACCUCCCGAGACAUCGACUUCCUUGCUGAGAAGGACCACACCCUCCUCAGUGAGGUGAUGACGCCAAGGAUGGAGCUAGUGGUGGCUCCAGCAGGCGUGACGUUCAAAGAGGCAAAUGAGAUCCUGCAGCAUAGCAAGAAAGGGAAGCUGCCUGUUGUCAAUGAUCAUGAUGAGCUGGUGGCCAUCAUCGCCCGCACGGACCUGAAGAAGAACCGAGACUACCCUCUGGCCUCCAAGGAUUCCCACAAGCAGCUGCUAUGCGGGGCAGUUGUGGGCACCUGUGAAGAUGACAAAUUCCGCCUGGGCCUGCUCACCCGGGCGGGCGUCGAUGUCAUAGUCUUGGACUCGUCCCAAGGGAACUCGGUGUAUCAGAUUGCCAUGGUGCAUUACAUCAAACAGAAGUACCCCCACCUCCAGGUGAUUGGGAGGAAUGUGGUGACAGCAGCCCAGGCCAAGAACCUGAUUGACGCUGGUGUGGAUGGGCUGCACGUGGGCAUGGGCUGCGGCUCCAUCUGCAUCACCCCGGAAGUGAUGGCCUGUGGUUGGACCCACGGCACUUCUGUGUACAAGGUGGCCGAGUAUGCCUGGCGUUUUGGUGUGCCCAUCAUAGCUGAUGGCGGCAUCCAGACCCUGGGGCAUGUGGUCAAGGCCCUGGCCCUUGGAGCCUCCACAGUGAUGAUGGGCUCCCUGCUGGCCGCCACCACGGAGGCCUCCGGUGAAUACUUCUUCUCAGACGGGGUGCCGCUCAAGAAGUAUCAGGGCAUGGGCUCUGUGGAUGCCAUGGAGAAGAGCAGCAGCAGCCAGAAACGAUACUUCAGCGAGGCGGAUAAGGUGAAGUUCGCGCAGGGUAUCUCGGGCUCCAUCCAGGACAAAGGGUCCAUUCAGAAGUUCGUGCCCUACCUCAUAGCGGGCAUCCAGCACAGUUGCCAGGAUAUCGGGGCCCGAAGCCUGGCUGUCCUUCGGUCCAUGAUGUACUCAGGAGAGCUCAAGUUUGAGAAGCGGACCGUGUCGGCCCAGAUCGAGGGUGGCGUUCAUGGCCUGCACUCUUACGAGAAGCGGCUGUACUGAGGAGAGUGGUGGAGGCCGAGGUGGUUGAAGGGGCGUGCCCCGCUUUCCCCCUUCGGGCACAGCCUCCCUCCGUAACUGAGUGAUCCACAGAUUUACACUAUGGGUUCCCCAGCUCCUUUCCAGGGAGAGAGGACCGGAGGCCCUGAGGGUACUGUUGCCCCUCGCUGGGCAUCCCCCACAGAGUCAGGACCGCUCCCUGGGCCAGGCUGCCCUGGGAAGCCCAGCCCAGCCAGCCAGGCUCUCAGGCCCUGCGCCUGCCUCAGGUCUUUCUUGCUGCAGCCUGCUCCAGCCUGGCCCCCACCCCAGGGGCAGGCCGCCCCUCCUGGCUUCUCCUGUAGGACACCUCCCUGCCCCCCAGCUCCCCAAGAAAUGGUGCUCUCCUGGCCCUGCCUCUGGCCCUUCCCAGGCUGCUGCCCCCUCAGCCAUGUGGCACUUCUGAGCUCCUGACCUAGGCCAGCGGGAGGUCUCUGCCCGCUUCUCCGGCACUGGGCUCCAAUUGAGUCCUGCUCCUCAGGCCACUCCCCUGUCCCUGGCCCUGGGGAGGACACUGCCCUGGUCAUGGCCACCUGCCCAUCGUUCCUGACUCACCACCGUCCCCAGGUGUGCCAUUCCUGCCCUCUCCUCAGCUGCAGUUUAAGGCUUUAACUUUGCACACUUUGGGAUCACAGUUGCGACAUUGUGGGUAUUAAAUAAUUGGAAUAAAUCAAGCAGAUCUCAACGCCUCCAAAAAAAAAAAAAUCUAGAAUAGGCAAAUUCAUAGAGACAAAGCCAAAUAGAAGUUACUAAAGAGACAAAGCCGAAUAAAAGUUACCAAAGGCUAGGGAGAGGGGAGAAUGGGGAGUUAAUGCUUAAUGGGUACCGAGUUUCUGUUUGGGUUUAUGAAGUUUUGGAAGCAGGUAGUGUGAAGGUUGCACAACAUUGUGAAUGUACUUAAUGCAAUUGAAUUGUAUGCUGAAAAUGGUUAA